UUCAUCCUUCACUCUCCUACACAGCUCACAGGAGUGUAUUAAGUUCUUUUAUUUUAUAGUGUGUGUGUGUGUGUGUGUGUGUGUGUGAGUGAAACCGGCAUGCUGGAUUCCAGAGCUGCUGCUGUUCAGACAGGACCCUGAUCACUGGUCUCUCUCUCUCUCUCUCUCUCUCUCUCUCUCUCUCUCUCUCUCUCAUCAUCCUCUCUCUUUCUCUCUCUUUCUCUCUCUCUCUCUCUCUCUCUCUCUCUCUCUCUCUCUCUCUCUCUCUUCUUGUCCUCCAUCACCCCUCUCCAGCUUUCUGCAGACCCUGGCUGCACCACUCAGAAUCAGUAAAUCAGUAAUAACACCAUGGGGACUGAAUAUCAAGCGCCGCCCCAACCUGCAGCCAACCUGACCACCAGACAGGUGAAGACCUUCCAGAAGAUGGAACCGAAAGCUUUAGGGUCGAUUCAGAUCAUCAUCGCAGUUUUGUGUCUGUGCCUGAGCAUCUCUGUGCUUCAGAUCUACUAUGAGGUUCACUUCACCCCCGACCUCAUCGUAGUGGUGGUGAUCGUCGUACAGAUUCUCGCCUCGGGUUCGAUCCUGAUCCAUGCUGGAAGGUUUCCUUCUCUUUUCUGGGUAAAGGCGACCCUGGCAGUUCACCUUGUGAGUGCUGCAUUCACCACGGCUGCUCUGGGCCUCCUGUCCCGCCACCUGCCCUACAGACAGGACUCAUAUCACUGCGAACACUGCCGGAGACUGGAGAUCUACGCUGUGCAACAAUAUUGUUUCAAGAAAUGCUCUAAUAUGAUCGAAAGAACCUGUAAACUCUUGAUUGACGGCUUUUUGACUACCUUGGUGCUGUUCCUGGUGGUCGAGCUGAUCGUGUGCAUCGUCACCGUUCUGUUUGGACUCAGUGUCCUGACUAAAGGAGGCCUGCAUCUUCCCGGUGUGGUUCAGCAUAUUGAGGGUCCACCAGCUCGCCCAGUCCUGCCUCACCCGGAGGUCGCACCUGCUCAGGUGGAGGUGGUGGAGGAGGUGAUGGUCCCUGAGGCAGCACAUGCACCUGAAACCCAGCUGACAGAAGCUUCCACUCCUCCCACUGAACCCCAGGUGGAGCCAAUCGACUCUAUAGCGGAGGUCUGAGUCAGGCGUCAUGUGACCAAGGUUCUCAUCACAAACAGGAGCAUUAAUCGUUUGAAUGGUUUCUUCAAGCAGAAUAUUUUGAUUGUUUUUUUUUUUUCCAGUUAGACAGUCAGGCUGGUGGGUUUCUGCUCUCGGAACAAAUCUCAGUAAAACUCCUGCUGGAUUUUCCACCAAUCAGAAACAAGGGUUGAUGAAAUGGAGGCCAAAAAUAAAACGUGAGCAUUUGCGUUAGCCUCGUAGCUCUAACCGAACGUUACGAAAUUAUGAUCAGUGAAUUAAAUAUUGAAUCCAGUUUAUUUCCCCUCAAACAUCUUGAAAUAGAUGAACCACCAUGACGCUGA